AUGACGAGACUGGCGCAGACACUCCGACUAGUGCCUGACAUCUUCUGGAUAGUCAUUGAAGAUGCGCACAACACCUCCAAAACUGUGGAAGACCUUCUACUGCGCAGUGGCGUGCCCUACGUGCACCUUCUCGGUCCUCGGCCGGCGACGCACAUGGACAAGCGCAGCGGACGCGGCGUGUCGAAUCGCCUGAAGGCCUUUGAGUGGCUCCGCGAGAACUACCUGGGCACUGAGCAGAAGGGCGUCAUCUACUUUGCCGACGACGACAACGCCUACGACACGCGUGUCUUUGAGGAGAUGCGCGACACGAAGGUCGUCUCCAUGUUUCCUGUCGGACUGCUGCCCACGCUGGGCCUCUCCACGCCCAUUGUCAGCAGCAAGACGGGCAAGAUCAUCGGUUUCCACGACCCCUUCAUCGGCCGGCGAAAGUUCGCCGUCGACAUGGCCGGCUUUGCCGUCAAUUUGCAGUUCUUUCUGCAGCAGAAGAAGGCCACCAUGCCGUACAAGGUCGGCUACGAGGAGGACUACUUUCUCAAGAGCUUGGGCGUCAAGAUUUGGCAGCUGGAGCCGAAGGCGAACAACUGCACCGAGGUACUAGUGUGGCACACGAAAACGAAGCCAGCCGAUAACCCGAAUGUGAACAUGAUGAAGAAGGUGACCAAGUACAAUGAGACCAACUUGCCCUCACUCUACGAGAACGUCAUGGAGACGUAA